UGAAGAUCCGCAGGAGAAGGGUAAAAGGAGUUUCUGGGAGAAAGAAAGCGUUGAGAGAGUACGCAGGGUCAUCACCAGGCACCAACGAGGAUAAGGGGUCAAGCUCUGGACAUGGAAGUCACGAGCCUGGCACCGGAUUCGGGGGACGGCCGGGAGCCAGGGCGGAGCUCGUCGCUGCCAAGCUCAGAGUCAGCCCAUCCCCCGCCACCCAGAGCACGUCGGCGCUAGGACCUGGCGACUGCCUUCGACCCAGAGGGCGCCCGUCGAGGCACGCAUGCGCGCUGUUCCGGCAGGCGUUGUCGUGGCGCAGGGGGCGGGACCAGAGGCGGUCACGUGAGGGGCCCUGGGCUACGGGGUCACGUGACCGAGGCACCGAUCAGCUGAUGCCGGAGGGUUUGAAGCCGCGCCGCGAGGGAGCGAGGUCGCAGUGACAGCGGCGGGCGAUCGGACCCAGGCUGCCCCGCGGUACCCGCCUGCGUCGUGCGCACCCGCCCCAGCAUGACAGACCCGGCGGGUCCGCGCGGCUCAGAGACCGAGCGGCUUCUGACCCCCAACCCCGGGUAUGGGACCCAGGUGGGGCCUUCGCCGGCCCCUCCGACACCCCCAGAAGAGGAAGACCUUCGCCGUCGUCUCAAAUACUUUUUCAUGAGUCCCUGCGACAAGUUUCGAGCCAAGGGCCGCAAGCCCUGCAAGCUGAUGCUGCAGGUGGUCAAGAUCCUGGUGGUCACGGUGCAGCUCAUCCUGUUUGGGCUCAGUAAUCAGCUGGCUGUGACAUUCCGGGAAGAGAACACCAUUGCCUUCCGACACCUCUUCCUGCUGGGCUACUCGGACGGGGCGGAUGACACCUUCGCAGCCUACACGCAGGAGCAGCUGUACCAGGCCAUCUUCCAUGCUGUGGACCAGUACCUGGCGUUGCCUGACGUGUCACUGGGCCGGUAUGCGUAUGUCCAUGGCGGGGGUGACCCUUGGACCAAUGGCUCAGGGCUUGCUCUCUGCCAGCGGUACUACCACCGAGGCCAUGUGGACCCGGCCAACGACACAUUUGACAUUGAUCCAAUGGUGGUUACUGCUGCAGAGUCAGCACGUGGCAGGGGCGCUGGCACUUGGGGCCGGAAAGGACCUGAAGACGCCCUUGCCCCUCACCCGAGCCUCCUGCCUAGGCUGGUCAAUGUCACCAUCCACUUCCGACUGAAGACCAUUAACCUCCAGAGCCUCAUCAAUAACGAGAUCCCGGACUGCUAUACCUUCAGCGUCCUGAUCACGUUUGACAACAAAGCACACAGUGGGCGGAUCCCCAUCAGCCUGGAGACCCAGGCCCACAUCCAGGAGUGUAAGCACCCCAGUGUCUUCCGGCACGGAGACAACAGCUUCCGGCUCCUGUUUGACGUGGUGGUCAUCCUCACUUGCUCCCUGUCCUUCCUCCUCUGCGCCCGCUCGCUCCUUCGAGGCUUCCUGCUGCAGAACGAGUUUGUGGGGUUCAUGUGGCGGCAGCGGAGACGGGUCAUCAGCCUGUGGGAGCGGCUGGAAUUUGUCAAUGGCUGGUACAUCCUGCUGGUCACCAGCGAUGUGCUCACCAUCUCGGGCACCAUCAUGAAGAUUGGCAUCGAGGCCAAGAACUUGGCGAGCUACGACGUCUGCAGCAUCCUCCUGGGCACCUCGACGCUGCUGGUGUGGGUGGGCGUGAUCCGUUACCUGACCUUCUUCCACAACUACAACAUCCUCAUUGCCACACUGCGGGUGGCCCUGCCCAGCGUCAUGCGCUUCUGCUGCUGCGUCGCCGUCAUCUACCUGGGCUACUGCUUCUGUGGCUGGAUCGUGCUGGGACCCUAUCAUGUGAAGUUCCGCUCGCUCUCCAUGGUGUCCGAGUGCCUGUUCUCACUCAUCAACGGGGAUGACAUGUUCGUGACGUUCGCCGCCAUGCAGGCUCAGCAGGGCCGCAGCAGCCUGGUGUGGCUCUUCUCCCAGCUCUACCUGUACUCCUUCAUCAGCCUCUUCAUCUACAUGGUGCUCAGCCUCUUCAUUGCGCUCAUCACCGGUGCCUACGACACCAUCAAGCAUCCUGGCGGCGCAGGCGCAGAGGAGAGCGAGCUGCAGGCCUACAUCGCACAGUGCCAGGACAGUCCCACCUCUGGCAAGUUCCGCCGCGGGAGCGGCUCAGCCUGCAGCCUUCUCUGCUGCUGCGGAAGGGACCCCUCGGAGGAGCAUUCGCUGCUGGUGAAUUGAUUCGACCUGACUGCCAUUGGACCAUAGGCCUUGGACUGCGGAGACCCCCGUCCCCCACCCCGCUUAUUUAUUUUUAGGGUUUGCUUUUAAGGAUCGGCUCCCUGUCGCGCCCGAGGAGGGCCUGGACCUUUCGUGUCGGACCUUUGGGGGCGGGGAGACAGGGUGGGGAGGGUGUUGAAUAAAAGGGAAAAUAAAUGUGUCGUUCUCA